GGAGGAGAGACAAAAGCGUCUCCCUGGCCCUCCCACUCUCACUCACUCAUUCGGCACAGUGUGUGGAGCACGGCGGAAAGGACAGCGUGCUCGCAACAAAGAGAGGAAUUUAGGAUUGCUUUUUCGACACACUCUGCAUAGCUCUCCCCCGCUCGCCCUUUCUUAACUGGUGCACGCGGGAAAGCUCGCGUGGAUACCGGCUUACAGGCUGGAAGGGACGGCGAGGACGCCCACGCCAACUUCGCACGGCGGCACACAUGCUCACACGCCCACGGACACUCUGGAGCGUACUAUGCUGGUCCAGGGAGCAGUGACGCCCGGGAGGACCCGCCGGCUGAUGCUCAAGCUGCCGGUCGGGACUCUCCGGAGGAACAGCGGCGAGCGGGUGCACCCCAUCCAAAGCCUCAAACCACAGGAGAUCAGUCAGUGGCAAGUGGGCUGGGUCAGCUGAAGCCUUCAAAGGAUGACGGAGGGGAGGCGAUGUCAGGUCCAUCUCCUGGACGACAGGAAGCUGGAGCUCCUUGUUCAGCCCAAGUUGAUGGCGAAAGAUCUCUUGGACUUGGUGGCCUCUCACUUCAACCUCAAGGAGAAAGAGUACUUUGGAAUUGCGUACACAGACGAAACGGGCCAUUUUAGUUGGCUGCAGCUGGACCGCAGGGUAUUAGAACAUGAAUUCCCCAAGAAAUCAGGGCCCAUUGUCCUCUACUUCUGUGUCAGAUUCUACAUAGAGAGUAUAUCAUACUUGAAGGACAAUGCUACCAUUGAGCUUUUUUUCCUCAAUGCCAAGUCCAUCAUCUACAAGGAGCUCAUUGAAGUGGACAGCGAUGUCGUCUUUGAACUGGCUUCCUAUAUUCUCCAAGAGGCUAAAGGUGAUUUUACCAGUCACGAUGCAACCAGAUCUGACCUGAAAAAGCUCCCUGCUCUGCCCACCCAGGCCCUAAAGGAGCACCCAUCCCUGGCCUACUGUGAGGAACGAGUCAUUGAGCACUACAAGAAGCUUAACGGCCAAUCCAGAGGGCAAGCUAUCGUAAACUACAUGAGCAUUGUGGAGUCCCUGCCCACAUAUGGAGUACAUUACUACGCCGUAAAGGAUAAGCAGGGGAUCCCGUGGUGGCUGGGAUUGAGCUAUAAAGGCAUAUUUCAGUAUGACCAUCAGGACAAAGUCAAGCCCAGAAAGGUGUUCCAAUGGCGUCAGCUGGAGAACCUCUACUUCCGAGAGAAGAAGUUCUCCGUGGAAGUUCAUGACCCCAGGAGUAGGGCGUCGGUGACACGCAGGACAUUUGGGCACAGUGGCAUCGCAGUGCACACCUGGUACGCCUGUCCGGCCCUCAUCAAGUCCAUCUGGGCCAUGGCCAUAAGCCAGCACCAAUUCUAUCUGGACCGCAAGCAGAGCAAGUCUAAGAUCCAUGCAGCACGCAGUCUGAGUGAGAUUGCCAUCGACCUCACCGAAACGGGAACGCUGAAAAUGUCCAAACUGGCCAACAUGGGCAGCAAAGGCAAGAUUAUCAGUGGGAGCAGUGGCAGUCUGCUCUCUUCAGGUUCUCAGGAAUCAGACAGCUCCCAAACAGCCAAGAAGGACAUGCUGGCUGCGCUGAGGGCUCGUCAGGAAGCUCUGGAGGAGACGCUGAGGCAGAGGCUUGAGGAGCUCAAGAACAUCUGCAUCAGAGAGGCUGAGCUGACAGGAAAACUUCCCAAGGAAUACCCUCUCGAUCCGGGAGAGGAAGCUCCCACAGUCAGGCGAAAGAUCGGCACUGCCUUCAAACUGGAUGAGCAGAAGAUUCUUCCGAAGGGCGAGGAAGAGGAGCUGGAGCGUUCGGAGCGAGAGUUCGCCAUCCAGUCGCAGAUUACCGAGGCUGCCCGGCGCCUGGCCAGCGACCCGCACGUGAGCAGCAAGAAGCUGAAGAAGCAGAGGAAGACGUCUUAUCUCAACGCACUCAAGAAGCUACAGGAGAUCGAAAACUCCAUCAAUGAAUAUCGGGUGCGCUCCGGAAAGAAGCCCACACAGAGGGCGUCGCUUAUAAUCGAAGAAGCCAACAUUGGCUCCGAAGACAGUUCACUAUCCGACGCUCUGGUGCUGGAUGAUGACGACCCCCAAGUGACCGGCACCCCCAACUUCUCUCCGAUCACGUCGCCCCACAAGGGCCUCCCCCCGCGCCCGCCGUCUCACAGUCGUCCCCCGCCGCCGCAGUCCCUGGAUGGGCUGCGGCACCUGCACUUUGGCCGCGGAGACUACGAUAAAUCGCCCAUCAAGCCCAAAAUGUGGAGCGAGUCGUCGCUUGACGAGCCAUACGAAAAAGUCAAGAAGCGCUCAUCUCAUUCCAGUCACAGAAGAUUCCUGAGCUCUGGCAGCACAGAAGCAGGAGGAAGCAACUCUCUGCAGAGUAGCCCCAUCAGGAGCCUCCCUCAGUGGAACUCUCAGUCCAGCAUGCCGUCCACACCGGACCUGAGGACCCGGACGCCACACUACGUACAUUCCACUAGGUCAGUGGACAUCAGUCCCACACGUCUGCACAGUCUCGCUCAGCACUUUAGGAACCGCAGCUCCAGCCUGGAGUCCCAGGGCAAGCUCCUUAUGUCGGACCCGGACGCGCACCCGCACACGCUGGGCAGCCCGGACUUUUUCCUGGGUCCUACGCGGAGCUCCAAUGGCUCCGACCCGCUGGACGACUGCUCCUCUUGCACCAGCCAGAGCAGCUCGGAGCACUUCUACCCGGCAACUGGGCCCUUGGCGCCUGGUAGCAACCCCAACUACUCCACCCUCGGGGAGGACUCGCCCUCCAAAGCCAGGCAGAGGCAGCGGCAGAGGCACAGGUCCGCCGGUCACCUGGGCUCAUCCAACUCCGGCUCCAUGCCGAACCUGGCAGCCAAGAACGGCUCGGUCGGGGGUUCGGGUGGUGGCGGCGUCAUCGGCGGAGCGCACCACGGCGUCUACCUCCACAGCCAGAGCCAGCCGUCCUCCCAGUACCGCAUCAAAGAGUACCCGCUGUACGUGGAGGGCAGCCCCAACCCCGUGGUGGUGCGUAGCCUGGAGAGCGACCAGGAGGGCCACUACAGCGUAAAGGCCCAGUUCAAGACGUCCAGCUCCUACACAGCCGGGGGACUGUACAAGGAGGCCUGGGGAGGGGAGGAGGGCGGCGAGGGCAGCGGCCGACUGACGCCGUCGCGCUCGCAGAUUGUACGGACUCCGUCGCUGGGGCGCGACGGGAGCGGCGGAGGAGGAGGGAGGGCGGCCGUGUCGGAAGAGCUGCGGUGCUGGUACCAGAGGUCGUCCGGGAGCCUGAAGGAGAGAAGUCACUCCCACUCGGGUUCCACCUCAUCCGAAACGGGGUCACAGCACGGCAUGCUGGGACACGGACGGGGCAGUCGGGUGGGAACGCUCGCCAAGGGCUCACCAGUUGCGUCCCCGCACAGCCAGAGGAGUAUGACGCCCUCCAGCGAGCGGGCGGCCACGCCCACGCCCCCCUGCAGUCCACAGCACACCCUCAACUGGCAGAGCGGGUCGUUCAGUGAAAGCUGCUUCCUGGGCGGCCCUUCCUGUUCCGAGCUGGCCGACGUGCAGUGGUACAGACGCGACAAGGCCAAACCUGGAACCCUGGUCUGAGACCUUCUUGCAAAGCACCCCCCCCCCGAGCCCCCCUUUCACUGCAUCACCACUCAACAACAGCUGUACGCGGCCCUCCCCUGCCUCCCCCCCGUCCCGCCUCGCUCCCCACUCGUGACGCGAGCGACGGGGCCGAGAGGAUGUGAAUGAGAGCGAGAGCGCAGUCUCGUCGUGUGUUUCAGAGUUGUCCCCCAAACCCAGAGGAUUCCUGCUGGUUUUGAGCCACCAGUCUUAACAACCCAUACAAGUGUAUUGGGUUUCAGUAUUCUCAUUCAUCCUUUAUUUCCUCCGGCAUAUUUAUUAUCUAACGUGGAGAAGACGACUUUUCCUUAAAAAAAUAAAAUAAAAUCUGUCGAACAUGUAUGACAAAAAUUCCUCCUCUCGGUUUGAACCCCCAGGCUGGAUCUACUGGUCGCAGGUCUACGAGGAUAGAACAUGAUCCGGACUACAGCAAUAAGAAACGUUGUUGGAUUUGUUUUUGGAAGAGGAUUUGCAACUUUGGGGCUCUUGGCAUCCAUUCAGAGCUCACCGGAGAGACCUCAGCGUCAUUUCCCGUCCGGCACUCUGAAGGCUGCAAAAUUGUGAGAAUUUUCAACGUUGGAAACCUUCUGUGGGAAUUUACAAAAUUGAAGGUUGGCUCUCAAUAGCGAACAUAAACAUAUUUGGUGAAAAUAUAUUUUAGCCUAACGGUGACUAAAACAACCAUUAUGAGUUGAUUUAGUUUUUUGGGGAGGGACGCGGUCUCCUUGCAACAAAACAAAAAUGUUUGUUUAUUAAUACUUGAAUUUGAUACUUUUUUGUCAGAAUUACCCACAGUUCCCAGUUAAUUCCCAGGGAAAGUUUCCAAUUUGGAGCAUUUCCAAAAUUGCCCAUGGAUAUUUAUCGGUAACUUUUCAAAAUUUACCGGGAACGUUCCACCCCUUUUGUAAUCCGGGUCAGUCCGUUGUAGUCCCGCCUGGAUUCUCUUCAGUGUGGGAUGUUGGUAAAGCAACACAGUUGCAGUAAUGCUGUUUCUCACAUGACGUGGACAGAAGUAUUGGGACACGUGGCCAUUACGCAUACAGGAAGUAGUAGUAUUAGUCAAUGGCGUCUGGAAAAGGGAUAUGACUUUAUUCGUCUCAGGCCUGCCACACUCUGCGCGAUGCGAUUGAACCUGAUUGAACCGGACCAUUGCAAAAAAAAAUUACAGUUUAUCACGCGCAUUGAGCGACUGGAUACAUGGACGAGCCUGUAUAGGCUUUUCAUGCUGCACAUACAGUAUACAGUAUUGUACUUUAUCACAUUUAUUAAACAUACAUUUCAUCCACAGGUGCAUUCUAAAUUAUACAAAUUAUAAUGUAGUAUUGUUGUAAAAGACAAUAUUCCAUACUUAAUAUACUGUAUUUGUAUGGUGUGGGGGUGGCGUUCUGAGUCUCGCUCGCUUUAAGUAGAAAACUUAUCGAGUGAAAGCUUACGUACAUUUUGACUGGCUGUAAUGUACCACAUUGUGACAAUGUUCACCGGCGAUUAGAAUUUUGAAACGGCGCAAAACCGGUGGCCGACCGAUUGACCACUCCUGAAACAGUUGCCAAACCCCGCACACAGCGCCACAUUUCAGUCGCUAUCGGCCGCAUCGAUCAGUGUGCAGCGGGCUUCAAAUUACAACAUAUUUUCUGUCUUUUCACUCAUAUUAUUAAUACCAUUUUCUUGGGAAAAUGUUUAUUUAAUUCUCAUGAAAUUUUAACUUCGUUAAAAAAUUUAUUUUAUCUGGUACCAUUAGCACUUUUUUCUCAAAAAGGAAAAUACAACUUUAGUCUGGUAAUGAGAUUUUUUGUUGAAAAAAUGCAACUUUAUUCUUGUCAGGGAAAAAUUUUUCUCAGAAAAAUACAGCGUUGAUUUGGUAAUACAGUAUAAUGAUUAGUUUUUCAAAGAUAAUUAGAUUAACUGAACUAAAUCUGUUUUUUUUUCUAAAGAAAAUAUAGUUUUUUUCUCAUAAUAAAUAUAAUUCAUAUUGUAUAAUUGUGGCUUUUGUUCUAAGAAAAAAUCUAAAGUAUUAAUCAUAUGAGAAUGAAGUAUUUAAUUUUGAAAAAACACACCUGCAAUGUUGUAAUAGUGCAAUUUUUCUUUCCCAGAAUCACAACUUUAAUAAAAUUAAGACUUCUCUUGAAAAACAUUAUUCAGAAUAAAUUAAUCGCUUGGAAAAAAAUACAACUUUAAUCUUGUUAUAUCGUGAUUUUAAUCACAUAAGAUUAAAACUUCAACUGAAAAAUACAAACUUGAUGCCAUAAUAUUACCACUUUUUUGUUGGGAAAAAUUAUAACAUUAUUCUGAUAAUUUUAUCCUGUUGGAAGUGUCACCGUUGCGGCAAUUCAGCGGGAUAUGCAAAAACUGCAAAAAGUAACUACUACGUACUAACUCACUAAAAAUGGCCGCAUACCCAAUCAGAUGACUGUCCCAAAACUUGUGCCCAUAUAGUGCCUGUACACACACUGAGGGUCAGACCACUUGUAUUCAUGGGUGCUACUAUAUUUUUUAUUUUUUGGGGUGCCAACCGUAAAGUGGGUGCUGGAAGCCUUGGAGAACAGCAACCAGCCGGAUUAGCCAAACUUCAGAAAGCACAACGUCACCUCCACUCACAAACACGUCAUCAGCACUAAAGAGAAGCCAUAAAGCGAGGUACGCACAUACCUGUUCGCAUCGGGCCUUUGCUGAAAUUGAUUGAAAGGGAGGCAAAAUGUUCAAAUAUGGCUCCAUCUUUAGUAUGCGUGUACGCCACUUAACACACCAACACAGGAUAAUAAUAAUUCAGAGACACCCAAGAAUCAAACCUUUGUUGACUUUGAUCGGAAGUGCGGGGGCAUUUACAAGUUCCACCCAAUUAUCGAUAUGUGUGUAUCCCGCUUUAGACAUCUAACACCACAGGAUAAUCAGUCCGGAUAAUCGUUGUCAUCGAAGACUUUGACCACAAAGGAGGGGAAAUGCUCAAAUUUGGUCCGAUUAUCAGUAUGUGGGAACCCUGAUUAAAACAGCUCACACCACGGGAUAAUUGGUGAGGAAAAUCUUUAAGAUACAUCUGAUAAUCGGGCCUUUGCUGACUUCAAUUGAAAUUGAGGGGGAAAAAAUGUAAAACAAUUUGCCUGAUUGUUAGUAUGUGUAUCCCACUUUACACACCCUCCAUCACAGGAUAAUGGUUCAGAGACAUUUCAGAUUUGGGCCUCUCCUGACGUUGAUUCGAAAGGGAUGAAAAAUGCUCAAAUCUGGCCUGAUUGUCAGUAUCACGUACCCCUCUUAACACACCAAGACAGGAUUAUCGCUCAGGGUAAUCUUUCAGAGACAUUUAACAGUUGGGCCUUUGCUGACUUUGAUCAGAAAGUUAGGCAAUGCUCAAUUAAUACCCGAUUAUCAGUUUGCCUGUAUCCCGUUUGACACCUCACAACACAGGAUAAUGCAUCAGGAUAAUCUUUAGGAGACAUCUGAUAAUCGGGCCUUUGCUCAUCGUAAGGGAGGGAAAAUACUGCAAUUUGGUCCGAUUAUCGGAAUGUGUGUAUUGUGCUCGACUUUGAUCACAAAGGAGGAAAAAUGCUUCAAUGUGGUCCGAUUAUCGGUAUGUGUGUACCCGCUGAAGAGAAUGAUUCAUCCCAUACUUCCCAACAUGCAACAGGACAGGGUUAGAAAAGCACCACAUACAUAAUAUAAUAUCAUUGCAGAAAAAAGUGACCACGUCACACCUUUUCGUCUUGAUGGCUGCUUCUAAUCCUUCCUUUCAAGCCCAACCAUUCAUUCCGAACGCGAGCAAACGUCACAAUCCUGCCACCCCUCGCGCAUGCCGGUGAAGAUAAAAGACACCCACAGCCGCAAUAUCGUGUCGCCCUUCACGAAGUCAAGACCCUCGUGUUGGCGCCCAGUGUGGUCAAGUGCAGCCUUCUCCCUCUAGUGGCCAUCCAUGCAAAGACAGUUUCAACUCACUUUUUGUUUGUUUGUUUUUGUUUAAUGCUCUUAAAGAGGCUUGACAUUGAUUUAUUAGUAUUUUUAAUACUUGCUGGUUUUCAACAAUUUUCCCAUCACUGUUGUUGUUGUAUUUUCUUCUUAUCCCGGUGCUACACAAGUGGACACACAAGUUAACACGCUAUCUACCGUUCCCCCAUAAGAGUCGGUCAGUUACAAUCCGAGUUGAUUUUAACACGCAGCUGACAAAUAGAGCAUGUAACUGUUAACACAAAUACAUUUAAUGUGCUGUAGGAAAACAAAUGUGGAAUUAAUUAUACAAAUAAUAAUAAUAAUGAUAACUGAAUUCCACAGUUAAUUUAUUCUUUUCUAUAAAAAAAUUUGUAUAGUAACUUUACAUUUUUCAAAGUGUGUCGUUGGAAAAAGUGGUGAGGAUUUUUUCUCAGAGACGCUGUCGCUGGUUCAGGAGAUGAACGCAAAUAAAUUAUUGAUGAAA